AUGACUUCGAAUGAUGAGGCGCAAACGCCAGAUCUGGCCACAAUCUUGAGAACUUUAGCUGCUCUUUCACCCCCGAAUCAAACACAGCAACCUCAACAAGCGCAACCGCAAUUCCAAGCAAAACCACAGGCUGAAGUUCCUCCAUAUCAACCAACAAUUCAAAACCACCAACCGCCCGCUCAACCAUGGCCCAGACAGCAACAUCCACAAAUAUCACGGUCAACCACACCACCAGGUUCUCCAAAGAACCAUGUUGAUCCUACGACUAUUAUUGAUUGGAAGGAAGGAUUACAUUGUGUGACGGAUGUUCUAAGCAAAAAUAAAAUAAUCAUUGUUCAAGAAGUUCAACGAAUGAUCAAGGUCCAGAAUGAGCAUGAGUUGCAAUGGUUCAAGGGCCGAGAAGCUCUGAUCGAGAAGCAAAAAGCCAGGAAGGAAGGCCAGAAGCAAAUAGAUGAGGCAUUGAAGGCUGUUGGGGGUACUGUGAUGGCCGGUGAAUCCAAUACCACCCCGGAAGAACUUGCUAGAGAACUCGUUACUUUCGACAUGAAGGUAUACAAAGCCCAGACGGAGAUGACUCGAGAAAUGAGCAGCAGGCUUCGUAGCUUGGGCAUUCCUUUCUUUGGGACUAGGUCAGACUUAGUCAGACCAACAACAAAGGCAGAGGCGGCAACCAGUACGACGAGUACCAAAGAGGGGAAGUUAACGAUCGAUGAACUCGAGCUGGUGAGACUCCAAAGGAAGAUGUUGAAUCAUCUCGAGGAAUAUUGCUAG